CAAAAAGAACACGAUCGCAUCAUAAACUUUUAUGCCAUUUAAUAGUUUGUUAAGUGUCCCGCAUCGAAUGGCAUGCAAAUUUAAACUGUGUUAAGGAGGAAGUAAAAGACAAUUAUUACAGAGCUCUAGGAGCAGCUGCAGCACAACCACCUGAUAAUUACCACCUGCACCCCCAUCGAGGAGUCCCCUGGACGCCGCGCCCGGCAUCAUGACGAGCAUCUCGGCGCUGCUCCACCGGAGCCACAGCCACAGCCACAGCAAUGGUGGAUACACGAGCAGCGGGAGUAGCAAUCACAGCCACAGCAGCAGUCUCUCACCGCAGUUGCCCGGCAUCAAUUUGGGUUUGGGCAUGGUCGGUGGCCUGGCCAUGGGCAUGGGAGUGGGUGUAGGCUCUGGAUCGGGAAACACCACACCACCACCGAUGCCGCCAGCUGACCUCGCCGUUCCGACAGCGGCACCCACUCCGGUGGCAUCCAAAAUGCACCAGCACCCGCAUCCGCAUCCGCACCCGCACCACCAUUCGAACUCGCAUCAUAAUGCCCCAAACAGCCACUCGAAUGCGAGUGCUGGAAGCCAUCACAACAGCCACGACCACAUUAAGCGACCAAUGAACGCUUUCAUGGUGUGGUCGCGGGGGCAGCGUCGCAAAAUGGCCCAGGACAAUCCAAAAAUGCACAAUUCCGAAAUAUCAAAGCGCCUGGGCGCCGAGUGGAAAUUACUCACCGAAGGACAGAAGCGUCCAUUCAUCGACGAGGCAAAGCGAUUGCGGGCCCUGCACAUGAAAGAACAUCCCGACUACAAGUAUCGACCACGUCGCAAGCCCAAGACGCUCAACAAGUCACCGGUGCCAGGUGGUGGUGGCAGUGGUGGUGCUGGCGGCGGAGGUGGUGCCAAUGGUGGUGCCAACGGUGGUGGUAACUCCGGUUCCGGUGGCCCCGGAUCGGGUGGCUCCCCCAAGGAUAUGCAGCCGCAGCUGUCGCCUUUGGGACAGUCGCUGCCCCAUCUGCACGGACAUCCGCAUCAGUCGCCAUAUCAACCGCAUCCACACCACCCGCAUCCCCAUCCGCAUCAUGUCCAGCUGGCCGCCGCCACCCUGAGCGCCAAGUACGGAUUCGGUUCGCCACUGGAGUUGUCCCUGCCCCGCCUGCCGAACGCCUUCCCCGGCCUCGCCCACUAUCCACUGGACCCCACGUUGGCCCUGGACCUCCAGGCGCGCCUCCAGGCCAUGUACGCCGGCUCUAUCUACCAUCCGUGGCGGUAUCUGCCGCUGAUAAGCCCCGAAACUCCACCCUCCCCGCCCAGCAGCAGCGGCACCGGCAUCUCAUCCUACGGAUGCGUCAAGUCCGAGAAGUCCUCUCCAAAUGCGGCAGUGGCCAGCACGGCCAGUCCGCCGAACAUCAUUUGA